AUGAACACRGACAGAACACCUGACACCUAUGUAAUACAAAGAGUCUCGUUUGGAGAUAAACCCUCAGCUACAAUUGCUACAAUGGCCCUUCGCAAAACAGCAGAAAUGGGAAGCCAGCAGUACCCUGAUGCCGCAACGAUAGUGCAGCACAACACGUAUAUGGAUGACAUCAUAGAAAGUACCGCGGACAUUCCAACUGCACAUAAGCUAACACAAGACAUUGAGAAUUUAAUCAUCAAGGGCGGAUUUCGACUGAAGGAUUGGAUCUAUUCCCGCGACUCAMUAAAUAGUGAGAAGGCCUUACCACAUGAGCCAAACGCAGCGACAGAAAAGGUGCUAGGAGUCAUCUGGGACCCGRUCAAAGACCAAUUAUGCUUCUCAGCAAAACUCAAUUUCUGCUCCAAGAAGAAACGCAAGAUGCAGAAGCUCAAYCCUAUUAGGGAUCCGAAGCUUACGYCACCACUUACGAARCGCAUGAUAUUGUCACAAGUAAAUAGUAUGUACGACCCUCUAGGACUGGCCGGACCCUUCACAGUACGAGCCAAGAUCUUAAUGCGACAUUUAUGGGCAAGUGCUGAAAAGUUAGAUUGGGACGACCCAAUUCCAGACGAAAAUAAACUACAUUGGUCAUCGUUCUUUGACGAAUUACCCGAAAUGAAUCAAGUGAGAYUCGAAAGAUGCAUAAAACCUUCAGACGCAGUUUGCAAUCCCGUACUUAUCAUAUUCUGUGAUGCUUCAGAGGAUGCAUAUGGUUCUUGUGCAUAUGUAAGAUGGAAACGACAGGGUGGAGGAUAUGCGUGCAACUUGAUAGUUUCUAAAAAUCGUCUUGCACCCAUAAAAAAGUUGUCGAUCGACAAAGUAGAACUGUGCGGAGCAGUGCUGAGCAAACGUCUUAAAUCCUUCAUUGAUAAAGAAUGCAGAUAUACCUUUGAGAAAUGUUAUUACAUAGUAGAUUCUCAGAUAGUUCAUGCAAUGAUACAGAAAAGUUCUUAUGGCUUCAACACUUUCGCGGCUACACGAAUCGGUGAGAUUCAAGGAGGAACCAACAUCGAAGAUUGGUAUUGGUGUCAAAGUCAGUAUAACAUCGCGGAUUGGUUGACUCGGGGAAAGAAGCCAAGUGAAAUUAGUCUUCACAGUGAUUGGCAAGAAGGUCCUCCCUUCCUCAAACAACCUGAACGUGAGUGGCCUAUCACCCGCRAUUGUUCUGAAGCAAGGAUCCCUAAGACGCUCACGAAAGUGGUUAACGCAGUUCAUAUAAAAUUGAAAGACGACCUGGCGUCCAGGAUCAAGAUCGAAAGAUUUUCAGAUUAUAACCGACUGCUGCGAGUAACCGCCAGAAUACUAAAGUUAUAUCAAAGAAGACCUAAAGUUACUUUGAAGAACGCGGUACAGGGAUUAACAAGUGGAGAUGUAGAGUUCGCGGAGAUAUUUUGGAUCAAAGAAGCGCAGCAGACGAUUGUAAAAGAUGUAAGGGAUGGAAAGUAUAGGCGUUUGUGUCCUCGACUACGAGAUGACGGGAUAUAUGUAAUAAGUGGUCGUGCUGAAAAAUGGCUAGAAAUCGGGUACAAUAAAGAGGAUAUAAUAYUCCUGCCAUCUCAGCAUCGAUUUACUAGACUAUACUGUGAAUACAUUCAUGCUAAAGGUCAUCAUGGAGUUCUCACUACGGCAAGCAAGAUCCGUUCAAAGUUUUGUGUAACAAAAUUACUCAAAGUGAUUAAAUCUAUAAAGCUUAACUGUGUAACAUGCAAGAAGCUUGACAAAAAGCUAUCAGGACAAGUGAUGGGAAGUCUUCCUGAAGAAAGACUCAAGCCUUCACCUCCAUGGUAUUCAACAUCCGUUGAUUUAUUCGGGCCCUUCACUAUUCGUGAUGCAGUCAAGAAGCGUACUACAUCAAAGGCGUAUGGAGUGAUAUUUAACUGUAUUGGAACCAGAGCUGUCUAUUUGGAUCUUGCRCCUGACUAUAGCACAGAAAGAUUUCUUAUGGUACUGAGGAGAUUUGUGUCGCUCAGAGGUUACCCUUCAAAGAUCUACUCCGACAAUGGCACACAGCUCGUAGCAGCAAGCAAGGAACUUCAGAGUGCUACGAAGUCAUGGGACUGGGAGAAGUUAAAGGAUUUUGGAGUUAUGGAAGGCUUUGAAUGGAACUUCACGCCAGCUGAUGCACCAUGGCAGAAUGGAACUUCAGAAUCUCUCAUCAGAUCAGUCAAAAGAGCACUUAGGGCUGCAAUUGGAGAAAGUAUCCUAACCUUUUCAGAGCUCCAAACAGUACUCUUUGAAGUUGCAAAUUUGAUCAACGAAAGACCUAUCGGACGUCAUCCAACGUCGCCCGAUUUUUAG